CCUGCGAGUAGAGAGAUUCCGUGGCAGUACUUGCAUGACGAUGACGAAGAUGAAGGAGAUGAUACUGGUUACAGUUGAGACUUAUCAUUUAACCUAACCUCUAUUACAGUUAUAGGGUCAGAGUUAGACACAGAUACAACACAACAUCGUACAUAGACGUUGAUAGUUUAUUGCCUCAGAUCCGCCAUGGACGCAGCUCCGAAGGCCUUUGUCUGAUUUCCUCUUUCUUUCACUUGUCAUGGGACUGAAUCGAACUCCAAGACAUAACCCUGUUCUUCCAACCAAAUCUCCAAUUCUCAGUUGCUCACAUUCUCGUUCUCAGACCAUGAAAACAACACAGAUCUUUGGUGUGUCUCUCUCACUCAUUCUUAUCAACCUGGCUGCUAUAAUGGAGCGUGCAGAUGAAAACCUUCUUCCAUCUGUCUACAAAGAAGUUAGUGAAACAUUUAAUGCUGGACCAUCAGAUUUGGGUUACCUAACAUUCGUAAGGAACUUUGUUCAGGGAUUAUCAUCUCCUCUAGCUGGUAUACUUGUUAUCAACUAUGAUCGCCCGACAAUUCUUGCCAUGGGCACUUUCUGCUGGGCUUUAUCUACUGCUGCUGUGGGCGUUUGCCACGAUUUUCUGCAGGUUGCAUUCUGGAGAGCAAUAAAUGGCUUUGGCUUGGCAAUUGUGAUUCCAGCACUCCAGUCUUUCAUCGCUGAUAGCUACAAGGAUGGAGUGAGAGGAACCGGGUUUGGAUUGCUGAGUCUCGUUGGUAACUUAGGAGGCAUAGGAGGUGGUGUUUUGGCUACUGUCAUGGCCGGCCAACAGUUUUGGGGCAUACAAGGAUGGCGGUGCGCCUUCAUUUUGAUGGCAACUUUGAGUGCAUUAAUUGGAUUCCUUGUUUUACUAUACGUUGUUGACCCAAGAAAAAGAUUUCCUACCACACGUGAUGCUAGUGAGAGUUCAGACAGGGAUGACACUGUCUAUAAAGGCAAUGCUAGUGCAGCAUCAAUAUGGAUAGACUCUUGGGCAGCCACGAAAGCUGUGAUCAAAGUGAAAACAUUUCAAAUAAUUGUCUUACAAGGCAUUAUUGGGUCACUGCCGUGGACUGCCAUGGUGUUCUUCACAAUGUGGUUCGAACUAAUUGGUUUUGAUAACAAUACGUCAGCAACCCUCCUGAGUCUUUUUGCUAUUGGAUGUGCUAUGGGGUCAUUCAUUGGUGGAUCAAUAGCUGAUCAACUAUCACAAGUCUACCCUCAUUCUGCUCGUACCAUGUGCGCACAAUUUAGUGCCUUUAUGGGCAUUCCAUUCUCAUGGUUUCUUCUUAAGGUGAUCCCUCAGUCAGUAAGUAGUUUUCCUAUCUUUUCUGUCACCCUCUUUAUAAUGGGUCUAACUAUCAGCUGGAACGGUGCGGCUGCAAAUGCUCCUAUGUUUGCUGAGGUUGUCCCUGUAAAACACCGUACCAUGAUUUAUGCAUUUGAUCGAGCUUUUGAAGGCUCGUUUUCUUCUAUUGCGGCUCCUCUGGUUGGGAUUCUUUCUGAGAAGAUGUUUGGCUAUAAUUCAAAGUCUGUUGAUCCCAUCAAAGGAUCUUCACCAGAGGCUCUUGCCUUGUCCAAGGGCCUUCUUUCCAUGAUGGCUGUUCCAUUUGGUUUGUGUUGUUUAUGCUACACCCCUCUAUAUUACAUAUUUAGGCGGGACCGUGAAAAUGCUAGAAUGCUUGCUGUGAAAGAGGAGGAGAUGAUGUGAGACACAACACACGUUUUUAAGUAUGGUAGAUCAUUUUAAAGGAGCCCUCUAGCUCUCCUCUGCUUGUGAAUUGGGUCCCCAUUUAAUUGGAGUUUAAAGCUCCGAAAAACACGUGGUUCCGACUUUUGAAUCCAACUUCGAACAAUGACCUCAUUUGAUUUUUUUAUUUGAAGAAUCCAGGUUAAUCAUACAUUCAUGGUUCCGUCAUGGCUAGGUUGCUUAUUACCGAGGAUUGAACUCACUCUGGCUUCUGAGCCAUUUCUUGAGAUGGCAUCUGUAGCUGAAUGGAUCAGAAAUAUCAGGAUAUUUAACCCAGGCUCAUACUGUUUUGUGGCGAGAUCAUCUUGUUUUCAUACGAUUGUACACUAUAAAAUACACAAGUAAAUUUGCAUGCUUGGUUCAACACUUCGACUACACAAAACAACAAUGCUAAUGAAGUAUUUUGAAUAACUUCAA